UCUGUUCCGAAGUGUUUCUACUUUUCUCUCCCUGUUUGCUUGAGGAAACUCGCAGCAGUGCGAUUGAGCCUAAUAGAACAAGACGACGGACUAAUUUUAUUGUGAGACAGGACUCUUUUAUUAUUGUGAGAAAGGACUCUAUUCUAUUGUUGUUUAACAUGGCAGAUAAAUAUAGAAAGUGUGUGAAGUGUGGUGUAUCUGCUGCGCAAGACCCUACACUUACUUUUCAUUCUUUCCCGAGAGCUGGAAAGGCAUCUAAUUUAGCAAGAUAGGGUUCGGCUUUGGGCUGAAUAUUGUUUUGAAAAUAUUGCUGAAGUGGAGUUGAAAGACCAUAGGUUAAUUAUAGAGGCCAUAAGUUAUUGUGUAGUAAGCAUUUUGAUCGCAGUGCCUUCACAAAUGAGACGAUGAAAAGGUUAAAUCCUAAUGCUGUUCCAAAUUUGUUGUUCCCACCAUUAUUAGCUGAAUUGUCACAAAUGGAAGAUUCAACGACAACUUCAGUGUCUACUGUGUCUUCAUCUUUUAUACAAUAUCUGCCUAACUCGCCUCUAAAAGUUCAAGCACAGCAAUUGGACAUUACUUUUGUGACUCAACCUGUCAAUUUGAAGAACACAAAAAUUAACAAACAUUUUAAAAGGUGCAAGAAGUAUAUUAAUAAAAUAUACAGACUGAAGAAGAUGUUAAAAAAAGGCAAAAAUUCUGCAGCAAGUAGAAAAUCACUAUUAGACUCUCUCAAAGAGUGAGUACUUAGAAAAAUUAAAUGAAAAUUUAAAACCUGCAUUUGGUGUGCUUUUACAAAGCCAAAUGGUUAAUACACCUAGAAAAUUAAAUGGUCGU